AUGCCAAAAGAAAAUAAUAAUAAAAAUAAUAAAAAAGACCUAUCAUCUAAUUGGGUUUUUACCAUUAAUAAAAAUUAUUUGCUUUAUGAUGAUGAUCAUAAUGUAGUAAUGAAUAAAUUUUUACAAAUGAAUAAAUUUAAAUAUGUUAUAUUCUCGUAUGAACGAGGAAAUGAAAAUAAUACUGAACAUAUUCAAGGUUAUCUUGAAUUAACUCAAAACGUACCGAAAUCUUUUUUUAAAAGUCAAUUACAUAUUGAAAAACGAAGUGUUAGACAAAACCAAGCAAUUGAUUGUGUGUAUAAACGUGGAAUUAAAGCUGGUAAAAAUUUAUCGGAUUUGAUAAGAGAAGAAGCAAAUCUUGUAUCCAUUUCUCAAAAUUUUAAAGUGAACAAAAAAGAAUUAUUACAACAAUUUAAUCGUCGUGAUUUAGAUUAUUAUCCGUCGUCAUUCAUUCUUCAAUAUCAGAAUGAAAACAAAUAUAAACGUAUUAUCGAUGAAGAUCAUUAUAUUAUUGUGUUUGAAAAGAAAACAAGAGAAUUAAAAACCAUAUUCAAAUAUGAUAUUCUUCAUGAAUAUUUUAAAGAACAUAAAUUAGAACAUGAAUUUAGAGAUUUAAAACAUGAAUUAUUGAGUAAAGAAGAUUAUAAAAAAUUAAAAGAAGCAAUACAUGAAUCCAUUAAUCAAUUAAAAAUAUAA